AUCCCUAUCAAUAUCAAUAUAGAUCAAGAUAUGUUACAAUUAUUAAUUAAACUGUUUUACUUUAUACAAUGGCAAUGAAACUGGACGGCAGUACAUUGAAGAAAAUAGGGUUUCUAACGACGGUUUUGCUGUCAUGCCAUUUUCUUCCAAUGAUUCUCAAUAAGCAGGACAGAAAUGCAAGAGCAAAGGCAAGAAGUGCAUCAGCAUAGUUAGAUAUUGCAAAUUUGAAUUUUUUAGAGUUGGGCAGCUGACGGUCGGGUCACGAUGGGAGCCUUCCCGUGCCCGCUGUGUGGCCGCAGCUUCGCAUCCAAACACUACCUGAAUCAGCACGUGCUGGCUCACUCAGGAGAAGGCGGCCGGUUCCGCUGCCAGCAGUGUGACAAGUCGUACCUCAUCGUCUCCCACCUGGCCGACCACAUGAGCUCCCACUCAACCACCUACGACCACCUGUGUGACGUGUGCGGACGCCGCUUCAAGCACAGGAAGCAGCUAAGGGUGCACGCCGUCCUGCAUAAGGGUAUAAAGCCGUACCGUUGCGACCAGUGCAGCUACUCGGCCUCCUUCCUCUCAGGGCUGGCUCGUCACAAGAAGACCCACGCGGCGCCCGAUCAGCGACCUCACCCGUGCCCCGAGUGUCCGCUACGCUUCCUCACGCGUCAGAACCUCCAGAGUCACCGGCGGCGGCGGCACCGGCGUCACUCUGCCACACUGCUCCUGGCGCUCGCCGCCCCCGCCCCCGCCCCCGCCCCCGCCGAGGAGACGAGGACGGAGGACGGUCCUCCGGCGGGGGAGGACAGUGAGAUUGAGGACGAUCCUGUGAGGUCCCCGACGGAUGGAGACGCGGAUGGGGCGGAGCUGGAGACGGAUAGUCAAUCGACCGACACCACCGACCAGCACAGCUCGUCCGGGUUCGACCUAUCACUCCCUCCCGGUCUGGCGCGUCACGACGCCUUCCUGGAGGAUGACGACACCACGAGCGGCUGCCGUCUGCUCGACAACGUCACUCUAACGUCGGCCGCCGGCCGCGAGGACGCCGACGCCGGCGGACAGCUGCUGGCGGCGCGACCCGACUCUCCCCCGGCCGGCGCGCCGUCCCUGGCAGACCAGCUGUUCGCUGAGGCGGCGGCGGGGGUACUGGACGGUACGGAUCCCGGCGCGAUGGUUCUGGACGAACGAGUGCCCAUGGUAGGUGUGGAAAUGGAGCUUAAUGAUCAGUAGUGGGGAGUGGGUGGAGGUGGGAGGGGUCGGUAGGAUGGUGGUUCAUACUUCAUUGUGCAGGGAUUGUGAUUUGCUUGUAUACCAGUCCCGAUCUUUAGCUAUGGUGUGUUUUAGAGAUGAAACGCUGUAGUGCAGCUGAUGUUUGCUGUUUUGAUGUAAUUUUUGUGAUCUGGAGUUCUUUUCGGUAGUCAUGACAUGCAGCUGUUAUUGUAUCUACAAAGUGGCGUUGUUUUACUGCCACAAUUCACUGCAGGCUGCCUUUAGCUGAUUAACAGUUUUAUUGCUAGGAUUGUACUUUUAGUGCCAUCGACUCCAUAGAUAGGCUAUCUUCUGCGACAGAUACCGGCUGGUGGAAUGUCUAAUAUCUUGCAUGACUACAGGUAUCGUGCCAUAUUAGUCGGCUGCUUUAGUCGUCUUUAUUGGGCAGGUGGGCCAUUUUGAGCCAGCUGCUUAUAUUGUCGUGCGACGAGCGAUGUGACGCCAGUGUGACCUGCAGUUCUGAUCUGCGUGAUUUUCAGCAAGUAGAGUCUUCUAUCGAGCAGCUUACCUGCGACAUACCCAAAUGGUACCCCUUCUCGAAUGCAGGUACUGCUCGCUCCUUUAUAUACAAACUUCCACUUCUUUACUGUGCCAUACCUAUUGCGCAUGACUAUUUGAUUGCUGAAGGGCCAGAUUUUUGUGUCCCUUAGGUCCUUAGUUCUUUAUCUGACUGGAUUUUGGUGGGCGUUUGCCGAGGAUGGCUGCAAUAUUUUAACUCAUUGAUAACAUUUUAGUAGAUUGCCUUGUGUUUGCGUAUGUCCAUGACAGCUGUACCGUUUGUUGAGAUCAACAACAAUCUGUGUUGUACCAAAUAGUGCAGCUAUAAGUUGGGCCGGGGGUUUACGAUUUCGGGAGGGAUACUACGAUAGGAACGUUGUCUUCCUGUGGGUCGGGAUGGCACGAAGUGUUAUACUACAUAGAAUCGGAGGUAACCCAAAGUCCAGUGUUCCGUCAAACCACCGUUUGAAUCGAGGUCCCCUGAACAAAGCUUUGAUUUUCGUCAUCAUCGUUAUGGCACAUGUCAAAAAUGUGAAAUGAUUGCUGAAUAUAAAUAUAUUUACAAACAGUUGUGCAA